AUGCAUCUCAAGAUCAUUCAGCGCCUGCAACUUGAAAACCAGUCUCUCAAGAACAAUAAUUGGAUGCUGGGCGAGAAGAACAAAGUCUUGGCAUCCAAUCAACAUAGACGUUCGAGUGCGCAAGUUCCUGACGAGCUGAAGGCCUUCAACAUUGAGCUCUCGACCUUCACUCACAAAUAUGGUGUUAUUGCUAAGAUGUUCCCACCUGAGCACCACAUUCUAAGAUUGCUAGUGCCAAACCUGAGCCCAGGUGUAUUUGCUUCUACUGGAUCACCUCCAUCGUUUCAUACCGACCUCUCAUUUUCAAUCAUUGGUACAUUGAGCACCAUCUCCAAGGUGGACGCUCCAGCGAGAUCGGCAACAAUGUCCACAGUUUUUGGUAACUGGGAACCACUCGCGAAGGCAAUUAGGAUCAUGAUGUUCAGAAAGAAUUUGCUAGACAUUCCUGGCUGGCCAUGCGCUAAGUGCAAUGCUCGAAAAUGGGGCACAAUGUCCUGCACUCCUGGCCUUCUUGCAUGGGGUUGGGUCACAUUGAUCUUCAUCCUUUCUUCCAACACUUCAUUCACGAAAGCUGGAGUUGGCGCGAAGUCUCGGCUACCAUAUGCUGCCAUGUUCACGGCUUAUAAGCAGUUGUGGGUAACCCUUUGGUGCCAGCCUCAUAUUUGCACUAUCCGCAAAAAGAUUGAUGCCUACGUCUGGCAAUCAUCCUCGACUUCCAAUAUCGCAACGUCCAAUGCUGAAGGUGAAGAUUUUACCUCUGAUCUGAUGUGUUUGGCCAUCGCAAAUGCAGGGCAUAAGGAAUCCGACGACUUUCCUGGACCUCCGACUACCGACAACAACUCUGUUAAUGACAUUCCUGGACCAGUCACGCCUACUACACCCAUGAUCGCUCCUUCAGCACCGGCCAUUGUCCCUUCAGCACCUGGACUGGCCAUUGUCCCUUCAGCACCAGCCAUCGUGGCGCUUGCCCCUGCAAAUGCUACCACCGCUCCCAAUCCUGCAACCCCCUUGCCGGCUAUUCCAGCCCCUGGACCACCUGUGGCAUCUGAGCCUGCAGGAGCAGCUGCUGCCACUGCGGCCUCUGAAGACUCUGGACCUUCAGCAAUGGCUGUUGAUUUAGAGGUUCCUGGAGUACCUGAUGAUGUACCGGUGGUAGUGAGUGCCCCAUCUUCUGGUCGUUGGGGCCGAGAAAGGAAGGCAGGGAUGCUAGCACCUAUAUCUAGUGGACCGGCAAGUGAGCAGGCUGCAGGCCAACCAAAGCGCACUCGGAAGAAGUAG